AUGGCUCAUACAAACACCAUGCCCAUGGGUCCCUGGAAGAUCACCGUCUACGAUCAGAGACACUUCCAGGGCAGGCGCAUGGAGUUCACCGCCUGCUGCCAGAACAUCAUGGAGUGUGGGUUUGAGAACAUCCGCUCCCUGAAGGUCGAGUGUGGCGCCUGGGUGGGCUACGAGCACUCCAGCUUCAACGGCCAGCAGUUCAUCCUGGAGAAGGGAGACUACCCCUGUUUCGAGUCCUACAUGGGCAGCAACUCCUACCGCAUUGAGAGGAUGAUUUCUUUCAGGCCCAUCUGCUGCGCUAACCAUAAGGACUCCCGCAUGACCGUGUACGAGAACGAGAACAUGUCUGGACGUCAGUUCGAGCUGUGCGACGACUACCCCUCUCUGCAGGGUAUGGGCUGGAUGCACAACGAGGUCGGCUCCAUGCACGUCCAGUGUGGCGCCUUCGUGUGCUACCAGUUCCCCGGUUACCGUGGAUACCAGUACAUCAUGGAGUGCGAUUGUCACAAUGGCGAGUACAAGUGUUACCGCGAUUACGGAACCCACUCCCAGACCCCCCAGAUCCAGUCCAUCAGGAGGAUCCAGCACUGA